ACUCUCUCGCUCUCUUUCAGGGGAAAUACCAGGGUAGAGGAAGCCUGUGAAAUGUAUACCAGGGCUGCAAACAUGUUCAAGAUAGCCAAAAACUGGAGUGCUGCAGGGAAUGCGUUUUGCCAGGCAGCCAAACUUCACAUGCAGCUGCAGAGCAAACACGAUUCAGCCACCAGCUUCGUGGAUGCUGGGAACGCUUACAAAAAAGCAGACCCACAAGAGGCCAUCAACUGCUUAAAUGCAGCUAUCGAUAUCUACACUGACAUGGGGCGAUUCACUAUUGCUGCCAAGCAUCACAUCACCAUUGCAGAGAUUUAUGAGGCUGAGCUGGUAGACAUUGAGAAGGCGAUCGCGCACUACGAGCAGGCUGCAGACUAUUACAAGGGAGAAGAAUCCAACAGUUCAGCCAACAAGUGUCUGCUGAAGGUUGCUGCUUAUGCUGCUCAGCUGGAGCAGUACCAGAAGGCCAUUGAGAUUUAUGAGCAGGUUGGAACAAAUACUAUGGAUAAUCCUUUGCUCAAGUACAGCGCGAAAGAGUAUUUCUUCAAAGCUGCCCUGUGCCACUUCAUUGUGGAUGAACUGAACGCUAAGCUGGCGCUCGAGAAAUAUGAAGAAAUGUUUCCAGCGUUCACAGAUUCAAGGGAGUGCAAGUUAUUAAAAAAACUGCUGGAAGCUCAUGAGGAGCAAAACUGCGAGGCCUACACUGAGGCGGUUAAAGAGUUUGAUUCGAUAUCGCGUUUGGAUCAGUGGCUUACGACCAUGCUGCUUCGCAUCAAAAAGUCCAUUCAAGGCGAAGGGGAUGGGGACCUGAAGUGAAUCGUUUGUGAUAUUUGUGGCAUGCCGCCUAAAUAACCCGUUCUUGUGUUACAGCCAGGGACCGUUACGGAAUAGGUGAUAAAAUAUCUCGCUUAAUUUUGUUGCUUAUGAAUCAAAUGCCUCGUGUGUUUCUUUAAUAUCCUGCUCUUUGUUGUGACAACGUGGGUAGAUGAGAAGCGAUGCUCUGGGUAUCACUUUCUAAGGUUAAAGAAACACUUCUGGCAGAAUCUUUUUUAUGUUGUUUUAUUUGGUGAGCCCAAUUGUGCGCUUCUGACUGCUUUUCCUCUGCUGUUUUGUCUUCUAAGGUUAUGUAAAUAUUUUUGUCCUGCCCGUACAGUACAAACGAUCGCUUCUGAUCUAUUGCUGCGUUGUGACUGUCUUGUGUUUUUAAAUGGACCUCUGUCAGAUGAGCUUGGAUCUUGUUUUUUUUUUAAAUGAUAGAGCUUUUUUAAUGGUACUAGUGAAAGGCUUUGUGACUCCAACGUACAGUAUGCGUGUGUGUGUGUGCAUACUAUGCAGAUACAUGUGUGCAUGUAUAAAUACAGACUGCAGAAUGACCUAGGUUGGAAAACAUUUAUAAUGCAGAGAGGACAGGACUGCUUAGAUUGGUGCCAACCCUCUGAAUAGUCAUGAAUGGGCCUAGUUUAAUCCUGUAUUUUGUAUUUAAGAGCUAAAUAUAAAAUGUAAGGUUCUUCUAUAUUUUCUUGGAUCUAUUUUUCCACUUAUUUUAUUUUGUGGUGCGUCCCAUCCCUCCUAUCCCGAGAUAACUUGACCUGAGUAAUAAUAUAUUUUUCUAACUUUUCAUUUACCUGAAGUCCUGCUGCUGUCUCUAAUACAGCUCUGUUGUGUGUGCCAGGCAAGACUGGUUAGUUCAUGAUCUUUCUGCUCGUUGUUGUGCUGUGCAGAAUUGUCGACUGAGACUUGAUAUGAUCCAGGGACCUUCCCUCAGCUCUCUGAGUGACGGAUUACUCGAAGCUUGCUUUGAAAAGGUGUAGACUCUUUAAAAAUUCCUGUAGUCAUUACAAAGAUGUGUUUUAAAACGUCUGCAACUCAGGCGCUUUUGUGCAAUGCUUAGUUUAAGUAGAGACGAUAAAGCUACCUAUUUCACGUGUAUAUAUCAAGAGGGACUUAAGGAGCCUGUGCAGUUUCUUGGCGGGAGCCAGCAAAGCGGUAUUGCUUUAAGAUGGAGUAAUUUUCAGACGCACUGGGGACAUGCAGAGAAUGAAGAAGGACUUGCUUUAUUUGACAUGAGUGCUGCCCUUUUCCAUUGCCAAAGCAGGAAUAUCAUAGUAGCCCCCAGGUAGUAACUGCCGCAGGUAUGUAGGGCUCUCUGCAGGUACCGCGUGGGUAUCAGCUGGCAUGCUGAUCUUCAGUUUGUUUUUAAUCUAAACACUUAUCUGAAGUACAACUUGGUACUGACUCGUCGACUCAUUGUCCUAAGCGUUGUAGUACUAUUAAAGUAGUGCUGUCUCUACCACCCGCGUACAAAAAAAAAAAAACCUUCUGGCAUGCUCAAAAAAAAAAGAAAAAAAUGUUUUUUCAGAGUGAUCAAACUUAUUUUUCACGUAUGCUAUUCUGGGUAUCACAGCUCGGAUGAAAGGGCCCGGGAGGUUUGCAGCACUUGCAAGGGAAGGGGAGCAAAGCCUUGGAAGAUGCUGGCUCUUCUAAGCAACUUGGUUCUUCACUUCUCGCAUGGGUUUUAAGGCUCCUGUUUGUGACCAACCUCCCUGCAACAAAAUUGUCACUUAGGCCCUCGCGUUUCAUGUGCGUCUUCCUCGCCAGCUUGGCAAAGAAAUAUUUUAAGUUAUAUUUGGCUUGUGGUCCCCGUUUGCCUCCACCUGAGAUGCCCUUCCCUAGCUUCGUACACGACUGACGUGAGUAUUUUAUGCCAUUUGUCCACUUCUCUGGUUGUCAGUGUUGUGCGCGGCGGUGGCAAGGUGCGUACGUGGCUGCUGGACCGGACGACCAAACCCAAACCGGGGUGCGCGCCCUGUUAGUGUGCUUUGGAGCAAUAGCGUUAAAACGCAAGUGUUAGCUUUGUAGCGGUAGGCUACAGCAUGUCAUCCAGCGUAAUCUGUGGUCAAUCGUGACAGUUUUAAAAUGAUGAUCUGCCACUCCGCUGUAUUUCCCCUCUACCCUAGUAUGAAACUCUGUACUAUGACAACUUAAUGAAAUGGCCUGAGCAAGAACAUAGUCUGUUUUGUGUGACUCUGUACAGUAAUAAAACAGAAAUUGUGAACAUCA